AUGUGCAUCAUUCAAUCUAUGCUUCAAUUAAUUAUGUUUGGGAUUAUUGAAAUUAUCAAAAGUAUUGUGAAAUUAUUUAUCCCGUUGAAAAAUCAAAUGAAGAACAUUUCUGGCGAGAUUGCUCUCGUCACUGGUGCUGCUGGAGGUCUCGGAAGAGCAUUGGCUCUUAAUUUAGUUAAUCAUGGUGCAAUCGUUGUCAUUUGGGAUAUCAAUCAAAAAGGUAUCGACGAAACGAUGAAAUUAAUCAAAGCUGCGGGUGGUACUUGUUACGGAUACAUUUGCGAUGUUCGUAAUCGCGAGGAUAUUUAUAAAAAGGCUAAACUAGUUCAAGCGGAAGUUGGUCAGGUAAAUAUCCUGAUUAAUAAUGCAGGAGUGAUAAAUAUUGGGAUUUUCUGGAAGACUCCGGAUAAUCUUCUUAGUCAUGUAAUGGAAGUAAAUAUCUUGAGUCAAUUUUGGACAGUGAAAGCAUUCCUUCCCGAGAUGAUAGAAAGCAACAAAGGUCAUAUUGUGAACAUAGCGAGUAUAGCCGGUCUCAUUGGAUUUCCGACAGUCGUGGAUUAUUGUACGUCUAAAUAUGCAGCUAUUGGAUUCAGUGAAGCAUUACAAAUGGAAUUAGACUUCCACGGACAUGACAUUAAAACUACAGUAGUAUGUCCGAUUUUCAUUCACAAUACGGGCAUAUCUACAACUAAAUACUCUGGAAUUUUUUCGACUCUGAGUCCGCAAGAAGUUGCAGAGAGAACUAUAACUUCUCUUCGGUGUAACACGGAGCUUGUUUUGUUGCCAAGUUACAUGCAGUUUGUAUUAUUUUUUAAAAGAAUAUUGCCCCGUUAUUUCUUCUUCAGGGUAUUACGUUCGGUAUUUAAGCACGAUCCAACUGAAUUUGAACCAAUAGAGUCCAGGAAAACGUCAAUAAUUAACUGAAUGCAUAGUUAGAGAAAGUAAGGAAAAUAUCCAAAUAUACUUGAUUUUACAUAGUAUGCUUCAAUAUAUACAGCUUGUUUUAUGCAAAUGGUACUACUUGUAUAUGCUAAACUGUUAAGAAUAAAAAA